CCUCAGCCUCUGCACGAAACCUUCAGGCUCUUUUAACCCACUACUAUCCAUCACCACCUUAUACACACCACUCCCUUGAUACCAUUUCUGGGGUUGUCUUCAAUCACGACAAAACCAAAGAAGCACUACCGACCAAGCCGCUUGGAAGCCUUUCCUCUCGAACUCCGAGAGCUUAUCUACUCAUACCUUGGCUUUCCCGUGGCCCGUCGCAUCUUCCGGCCUUGCCUGCACGUGAAGAGUCUUUGGGGCGGCCCAAGCCGCCACGACCUUGAUUUGGAUUGGGCCGAGGAGUGUGGAGUUCUCUCACACUGGAUCGAUAUCGGCUCCAAAAAAACCCCGACAAUGGUCCACCGCGACCAAGACGACACUCUGCUGUGGAGCACUAUCACAAGCGUGAGCUUCAAUUACCCCCUCGCAACUUUAUCUUCUUUCCUAGAAACCGAUAAAAUUGAGCACACCAAGCCCACGGUGCAGCCAUCGAGUACCGUCCACGUGUUCGGGCAUGGUAUUGGUCAGGAGCAAACGGCACUGAUGUGUACAAACAAGUUCAUUGCAGCGGACUUGUACUCGCUGCUGGUCCGCAACAUCGAGGUCAUCUUCAAUCUCAAAUUGAGUAAUAGGCCCAGCUACCACAUGAGGAUGUCCCACUUUGGCUUCCGCUUCAUGACACACGUAACCCUCACAUCUAACAUCGGUAAGGACUGCUUGAGGUUUCCGGGUCACAGCAUCGUGGUCGUCAAGAAGUGGCAUAGGCUUCGGUUGGCGGAGCAGACACUCUCACUACGCUAUCUUGCUCAAUAUUGCCCGAGUCUGCAGGUCCUAACCUUUAAGCUCUCAUUCCACGACGUUUGCCACGCAAAGCUGAGUGCGCUGGAUGCUAUCACCCGCGGCCUUCGAGAACUCGUGCGCAAGUGCGAGGCUGUGGAGAUGGUGAAAUUGCGGUAUUUACCUUGGCAAGCUAUGGCACCCGCGUCGGAUGAUGCUCAAGAAGAGAAUGUGAAUCCCGACAGAGAAGAUGACCCAGGUGUAGUUUGGGAGGACGGGAUUAAGCGGAAGAGGCUCGUGGAGGAUUGCUUCAGUGUCCAGAAGUAUCCGAUGUGGGCGAGGGAAGAUGAGAUAUCGGAGUGGUCAAGGGACGUCAUGAUGGACAUUCGAAGGCAUAAGUCAGAUUACGGGGCUAGCAAAAGCCGCAACGGGUUUUCUAGGUUCUACUUCUGA